AUGUCAAAUAGAAAGAAGAAUAACGAAAAAGCAACAUUUUUAUCUCAAUUACCAUUGGCUAUUAAGACUGGAAAAUAUGAAAUGGGUAUAAAUAAGACAAUUAAGUCUGUCAUCAAUGGUUCAUGUAAACAUCUUGUAUUGGCAAGUAACAUACAAAACCAUCAUAGAAUGCAAUUAGAGUAUUACAGAAAACUUACUGAUGGUUUUAAGAUUGAAUAUUACACUGGUACUAACAAUGAUUUAUCAAGUUUACUUGGGUUGAAGUGUAGAACUUCUGUUGUUUCUAUUAUUGAUGCAGGAGAAGCAGAUUUGAAUAUUGAAGCUUAA